AUGCUGCUUGCAGCCCGAAACGUUGCAGUGUGCAUGAAGAUGGCGCAGAAAAGCGCUCUAGCCAACUUGGAAACAGCGGCUGGCAGAGAUGAUGUGAUUGUGAACCCACAAUGGGUCGGGCAUCCGAUGCACAUAUUUCAUCUUAACGCGCUGGAGUAUGUGCAAAACAUGCGCACAUAUUCGUCGGAGCUGGAUACCAAAUUUAGCUUAGUGCUGGAUGGCAGUCAAGCAGAGCGCGCCGAAAAAGAAACGUACACAUACACUCGAGAGCCGCUGAAAGACACGCCACACCUUCCAAGCAGCAUCCACAGGUCUAUGGAGACUUUGCGCACUGGAGAAUAUGGUCUAAAAUAUCACAGGGCGCUGCUGCAUAUGUUUCCGUCCUUGAAGAACAAGUGGCUGAUUAUUCGAGUGAAGCAGCCGCGCUCUUUCACCCGAUUUCUCCAGAAGAGCUGCAAAGCCACAGAAGAGGCGCACUACGUGCUGGCUGCGCUGGUCCUGCUAAGCGAGGGCGUUGACGUGCCAAUUAAGACAGCUGGGAAAAGAGUGAUUCUAAAAAAAAGAAGAGACAGCAAUGACGUGCUGGUGGACGCGCGUCUAAAGACAGAGGGCGAGGGCAGCGAAAGGCAGCUUUCCGAGACGUGGCAGGCGGUAAACUUCUUCAAGCGGUACAGAGGCACACAAAAUGCUACCAAGCACGUACGAAGAGUUUAA